AUGACUUUAACUUCAAAUGUGGAAGUUGAAGUUUAUAUGGAGGAUUUGAAUGUAACAGAUGAUGAGUCUGAUGGAGAAGAAUAUGUUGCUUCUACUAUGGACAAGACAAUAUGGGAUCCUUUUUUGAAUGAUUUGGUACAGGGAGAAGUGGAAUGGCCUGACAUAUCAUAUGAUGAUGCUGAAUGGACCUUUUCAAAUGAAGAAACUGAGAAAGGAGAUAAUAUAGGUCAGAUAUUUGGGGACCAAUAUCUUGUACACAACCCUAGGAUACCUUGGAAUAAAAUGGAACCACACUUGGGGGAAAAAUACGAAAGCCCAGAACAGUUCAAGCUUUGUCUAACAAAUUAUGCGGUGGCUAAUGGAUACCAAUUGAGGUUUGCCAAGUGUGAUCGUUCUAGGAUAUUAGUACGAUGCGGGAAAAAAAGUGACGAGAAUAAGUGUCCAUUUAGAUGUUGGGCAUCUUGGAUGGGGAAUGAACUAACUUGGCAAGUGAAAUCUUUGGAAAAGAAACAUGUUUGUGCACGAAAAUACAGCCUCGGUUCAUUGAUAACUCCGGGUUGGAUUGCUAACCAUUAUCUUAAUGAACUAAUUCGCAACCCCAAAACGAAAGUCAAAGAAAUGAAAGCUGAUUUUUUACAGAAUUAUUCUUUAAAGCUUAGCAGAGGUCAGUGUGAAAGGGCAAGGGCAUUAGCAUUUACACUAAUUGAUGGCAAGUUGACUGAUCACUAUGCUAGGAUAUGGGAUUAUGGUAAUGAAGUUUUGAGAUCAAACCCAGGAAGAACUGUUGAAAUUGGAGUCGAUGUCAAUCCGGAUGCAAAAUAUUUCAAAAGAAUCUACAUUUGUUUGAAGGCUUUAAAAGAAGGAUGGUUGAAAGGUUGUCGUAAGGUGAUUGAUUUAGAUGGAUGUUUCUUGAAAGGGAAAGUUAAAGGGGAGUUGAUAGCUGCCAUUGGUCGAGACGGAAACAACCAAAUUUACCCCAUUGCAUGGGCGGUUGUGAAUGUAGAAAAUAAAGAUAAUUGGAAGUGGUUCAUUGAGUUACUACAAUCGGAUAUUGAAACAGUUGAAGGAAACGGGGUUACUUUAAUAUCAGAUCAACAUAAGGGUCUUCUUGAAGCCGUGAAGGAGGUGAUGCCACAUGCUGAGCACCGGCAAUGUGCCUGUCAUAUUUGUGCCAAUUUCUACAAACAUUUCAGUGGAGAGAUUUAUAAAACCUUGUUUUGGGAAGCUGCAAUGUCCACAACAGAUCAACAGUUCAAAAACAAUAUGGAAAAGAUGAAAGAGUUGAACAAUGAUGCAUAUGAUGAUCUCAUGAAAAGAAAUCCUAAAACAUGGUGUAGGGCCUAUUUUGCAACAGAUAGGGCAUGCGAGGCUGUAGAAAAUGGAGUAUCUGAGUCAUUUAACUCUGCAAUCGUUGGUGCUAGGGGGAAACCGUUGAUAACCAUGUUAGAAGAGAUUAGACUUCAUGUGAUGGAGAGGUUUGAUGCAAUGAAAAGGAGUACAAAUUCAUGGAAAACUGUUGUUGCUCCAAAGAUACUUAUAAAGAUGAAAAAAUGGCACAAAAACAUGAGGAAUUGGAUGGUUAUCCCAAGUGGGCCUCUAUUGGAGGUUAGAAAUGGUUAUGAAGGAUAUAUGGUAGACUUGGCAAGUUGGACAUGCACAUGCGGGCUAUGGUUUUUGUCUGGACUUCCAUGUGUACAUGCAUGCGCGGCUAUAAACCAUACCCACCAAAAUCUCCUUGACUAUGAAGGGCACAAUGCUAGGACAUGCAAGAAUGAAAAAGUUGUGCCCCCUCCUAAGGAAAAGAAGCCUCCUGGUAGGCCUAAAAAACCACAUUCUGAUGAAGCACCUUCAAAACGACCAACUACAAGUGGUGGGAGAGGAGGAAGAAGACCAACUAGGGAAAGAGGUGGAAGAGGAUCAUCUGUAGGUAGAAGUGGUGGUAGAGGAGGAAGGUCACUUAUAGAUGAAAUCUUUGAUUCACCAACAGAAAAUGAAGUUAUAAACAUGUUUGAUAAUUUUGAGGAAGACGUAUUUAGGGCUGAAAUGGAAAGGGGGGAAAGUUCACAUAUGAUGCAAUUUCCUGAAUCACAAUUUGAUGAAGGAGUUCCUAUAACUCAAGAUGAUGGAGUGCCUGAAACUCAAUUUGAUGUUGAAAAUGCUAAUUGGGAAGAUCAAUCUCAUGUGGUUGGCGGGAUAGCAAUUAUUGUACCUAUUAUCCGUGAAAAGUUCAAUCCAAGAAAGCCAUCUGGAUGA